AUGUCGAACAGAAAUGGCGUACGUACUCCCGGUGUAGGACAAGGGAACGGCAGGCAGAAUGAGCGACGGGAGUCCAACCCUGGAUAUGUCGAAUUUCCUUACCCGGAUCUGCAACUGAACCCGAAUGCGGGCGGGCAGUAUGGAUGCCCACCGCCCGGUUUCUUCCAGAAUAGGGCUGAGACCGAUUCAAACCAACGCCGCCAGCCGAACCACCGCAAUGUCCCCAACGGCUAUGGGCCGGCAGCGCUCAACCAGAAUGCAAAUCAGAAUUAUGCAAGCAACAUGCAAAACCAAUGGCAGAACGGCAAUCAGGUAGCAGGCGGCUACUUCCCCUCUCCGUUCGGUUUGCCGUUUAGUAUGUUCCCCGGAAUGCCUCCUGCUCUCCAGAACCUGCCCUGGAACAUCCAAGCGCUCGGCCCGAUGCAUUAUGGGAAUGGAAGCAUUCCCUCAACGACAUUUACUCCAUCAAGCUGGAUGCAGGAACAAAUAGAGGCAGGCGGGACUUACAAACACGAUGGAGUCCACGACGGAAUAAAGUCAUUAAGAGAGGGCGCGAGAAAGGUCGGUCACGUCAUCACAGUUCCUCACCAUGAGGCAUGGAGCGAUCCCAACCCGGAGCGCUACAGGAUCAAUGGCAAGCUCGUCCCCAAACCCAACCUCGCCGACACCGACGCCGGCCCAGCAUUCGCUGGCGAACACAUCGGCACCGUCAUUCAAACCCAUACCGAGUGGGACAUCGUCCUCUUGCACCAUACAUACCACGAGAAGGGGCUGGAAUUCAAACAACACUGUCUGAACGAACACAUGAACGUCAAGCUGGCGGGCGACGCGACCUACGUCAAGCAGAAUCCGAACAUCCCCGACGACUUCACACUUGAGCUUGACCCGCGGUCUCUCAAAUUCAAGUUAUCGCCGAAAGCUACAAUCCGCCUCUCGGAGCCAGCCAAGGUGUGGCGCGACUGUCGGUCGAAGUUCAGGGCCUCGCACACGCCAGAUUCUAUUACGAAGCUGAUCUUGGGUUACCGCAUGUACAACGAAUGGGUCAUGACGCACCCCACCCUUCGCCCCUAUAUGGACCUCGGCCCUUGUACCCCAACCUCCGGCAAUGUCGCUAGCGUCACCCCAUCGUCAAAUUUGCGAGAGCAAUGGGAAAUGCACAUUCGCCAGCUUAUUGAGAAGACCAAGCAAGAGAUCGAAAACCUACGUCGGGACACGAUAAUCCUCUCAAACGCAGCCGGGGGGAUGAUGGUAGAGAAGGAGGAGCACUUGCGCGGACUGGAGCAGAUCCUAGGGAGCAUUGCUCUCUACAGCCUCGUAGCCGCGCCGCCUUUGCCUGGACGGGCGACUACCCGCGAAGCCAUUCCAGAAGGCAUCCAGGAAGCCAUUCCAGAACAUACCCAGGAUAUCAAGCAAGAAGCUCCCUCAGACGCAACACCGGCACAGUCAAAUACGCAUGACCAACCAGCAUCAUCAUCAGCUAACGGUCCGACCUCAGAUCAAGGUGGUAACGUUGAACAAACGGAAAAGCGUGGCGAGAAGCGGUCGAAUGACGAUGAUCCCAAUAGCGAGGAUGAAAGCGACGACCGCGCGCCGAAGCGACUCAAAGCCGGCCGCGAAGGCUGA